AUACAUAAUCAGAAAUGUCCACAUAUUCAGAAUCAAACUUUAACACCCAGCACUAUGACGAUUCUAGGCCAAACUAUCCUGAAUCAUUCUAUCAAGCAUUAAUAGAUUAUCACUCCAAGAAAUCAAACUGUGACAUUGCAGUUGACAUAGGAUGUGGGUCUGGGUUUGUUACAUUUAAACUACUACAAUAUUUCAAACACGUCAUUGGAACUGAUCCUUCGAGUAGUAUGAUCAAUCAAUGCAUUUCUAGUUUAUCCCUGAAGGAAAAAUCCGAGCAUAGAAUUGAAUUCUUGUUGGGCACGGCUGAACAACAGCCUGACAUAGUAAAGGAGAAAUCUGUUGAUUUGAUCACAGGUGCCGAAUGCUGUCAUUGGGUAGACCAUCCUAAAUUCUUUAAGGAAUCAGCACGAGUUUUGAAACCUAAUGGAACUCUAGCUUAUUGGUUCUAUAAAGAUCCAGUAUUCAUUGGGUUCCCCAAGGCCAAUGAAGUGUAUAAUAAUUAUACUUAUGGUUCUUCAUGUGAUAACGAGGAAGAGAAAUAUGAUUUUGAAAGAUAUAUGGGUCCAUAUUAUCAACAACCUGGUCAUGAAUAUUUACGUACAUUAUUGAAAGAAAUUGAAGUUCCCGAGAAUGAAUAUUACGAUGUUGUUAGACAUGAAUAUAUUUCAGAACGAGACGGCAUUGACUCGAAAGUCACUCCAUUGUUUAUUAGAAAAACAAUAACUAUGACUUGGUUUAAGAAUUAUGUCAAGAGUUGGAGUGCAUAUCACAAUUGGAUGCAAGAUCAUGGUUCUAAGUAUGAUAUUUCUGAUAAGUUUGUUCAGGAUUUGAAAGAUGUCACCGGAUGGGAUGAUGAUACUGAAAUUGAAGUGAUUUGGGAUACCGUUUACACUUUUGCUAGAAAGAGGUAACAAAUAUCCUCUAUUUCAACUAACUAACUGUUAUUAUGUAACCAUUAUGAAAUUAUAUAGCCAGAGUCACGUAAUUCUUGAGCAACUAUAUAGCUGCAAAUGAAUAACUAAUGCAAAAUAUAUGGCUACUAUUGCAUAUCGGAAAUGUACUAUUGCU